AAAGGGUUUUCCCCCCUUUUGGCCCCACUCUUACAGUAUUUAAGAAUGCUCUUAUUAGCUAAAGGCUAAGCAUGCUCCUUAAGCCCUAAUAUAAGACAUUUAAAAUUCAUUUUUCAGGCUUUUUUUUUUUUGAAAUUUUAGAUCAGCCUCCAAGUUGUGGAAUUAACUUAUGUGCUAGAAAUAUUGAUAGUAUUUACUUGGUCACUAGCAGUGUGGUACAUACUGGAUGACAGACAGUUUUUUGCUUCUGAUGGUGAGCUUUAUUGACUAUGAUAAUAAGAUGAACAUAAAACAUGCUUUGGCUUUGGAAAGGAGUUUGUUGAGGAACAGGAAAGUGCUAGUAUGGGUCUUGACUAGGGAGAUCAGCCAUUUUAGGUUGCUUUGAGGUCCCUUUUUCUAGGACUCACCUUGCUAAAUGUGGGUAGAUUUGGAACAAAUUGUUCACCCUGCUUAUUGUGGAUAUUGUGAAGUAAUUACUAGUGGCUGGUGAGUCUUUAGGAUGGACAGGCAAAACGGCAGAAACUAGGAGAAGAAGGAAAAAGGAUGGAGCAGUUGAGGGCCCUACUCAGGUACAGUGUUUUGAAGCCAGGGCACCCUGUACAUGGGGACCCUUGGUAGAUGGGCCCAACAUUUAGAACAGCUGCUGUGACACUUCUGAUCCCCAGGCAAAGGGACAUAUUUAAUUAUAUUUUUUCUUUAGUUUUCUGUGGGGACUACUUCCUUAAUGACUACAAAUUAGAUCCAAAAUUGUCUCUUUCCACCUGAUUUUUUUUCCCAGUGUCUUACAUUUGUGCUUACAUGGUUUUGACUUCGAUGUUUGUAAAUGUUUUCUUCUGUCUUCUAUCUUUCUUUAGUGAUCUGUAAUGGUUGCUUCUAAAGUGACUUCUUGCCACCCACCUUCCUUUCUACACUAACAUUCCCAUUUGUCUCUUUCAUCAGCACUUGUAUUUGUGUUUGUGGUAAUUUCUAGUAGUUUGUCCGUUUAUCUUCUUGAUUACCAUAAGGGUCCAGGGUUGAAUGUGAAUCAGGAAAGUUUUGUGAAGUAAAGAAAUCUGAAGGUUGUGAGCUCAGAGAUAGGACACUUACCUAGUACAUCUACCUAAGGUCCUGUGUUUGAUCUUCAGUGCAGAAAAUAAAGCAAGGAAUCUAAAGAAAGUAGAAACAAACAGAAAGUUAGAGUAAACUUUAGACUUGCUAAAACCUGCAAGCCUAACACAAAAUUAUGAACGCCUAAAAGCAUUGAGAUUUCUUUCCUUUUUUUUUUUUUUUGUUUGAUUACAUAGUUGAAUGUGAAUUUUGUAGAUGACAAUGGGGGAUUGCAAUAUCAGAGUGUUAGACACACCUCAGAAUGGAAUGGUGGAUUACUGGGCUUUCAGAACAGAAGACGGAAAACAAGAUUUUAAUACAAGGGUGGAAGGGCCCUUAGCAGUACUUUGGAGAGUUUCCUGAUUUGCAGGAAAAGCAGCAUUCACUCUGUUUGACUGGAGAUGUUAUCGAGGUCGCUGUGAAUGAGAUGUUUUGAGUAAAGUUACAGACUGAAAAAAUGAGACGAAAGUAAAUGAAGGCUGGAACUGGCAGCUGGACCACGAUUGAGAAGCGUCUUUCAGAAUUAUGCUUUGAAAUUCCUUUAGUGGCAGAGUUUUCCGAAUGACAUUCCUGAUGCUGGCUGUUUCCCUUGUCAUUCCCCUGCUUGGAGCCAUGAUGCUAUUGGAGUCCCCCAUAGAUCCUCAGAUUCUCAGCUUCAAAGAACCCCCUUUGAUGUUUGGCGUUCUGCAACCAAAUACAAAGUUGCGACAAGCAGAAAGGCUAUUUGAAAACCAACUUAGUGGGCCAGAGUCCUUGGUAAAUAUCGGGGAUGUGAUGUUUACUGGCACAGCAGAUGGCAGAGUGGUAAAACUUGAAAAUGGGGAAAUAGAGACCAUCGCCCGGUUUGGUUCAGGCCCUUGUAAAACCCGAAAUGAUGAACCUACGUGUGGGAGACCCCUGGGCAUCCGGGCAGGGCCCAAUGGGACUCUUUUUGUGGUUGAUGCGUACAAGGGAUUAUUCGAAGUAAAUCCUCAGAAACGUGCAGUGAAACUGUUGCUGUCCUCUGAGACUCUCAUUGAGGGCAAGAAAAUGUCCUUUGUGAAUGAUCUCACUGUCACUCGGGAUGGGAGGAAGAUUUAUUUCACAGAUUCCAGCAGCAAGUGGCAGAGACGGGACUACCUGCUCCUGGUGAUGGAGGGCACUGAUGAUGGGCGCCUGUUGGAGUACGAUACUGUGACAAGAGAAGUGAAGGUUUUGCUGGACCAGUUGCGGUUCCCUAAUGGAGUUCAACUGUCUCCCGAGGAAGACUUUGUUCUGGUGGCAGAGACAACCAUGGCCAGGAUAAGAAGAGUCUAUGUGUCUGGCCUGAUGAAAGGAGGGGCAGAUAUGUUUGUGGAGAACAUGCCUGGAUUUCCUGACAAUAUCCGGCCCAGCAGCUCUGGCGGGUACUGGGUUGCUGCUGCGACAAUUCGUGCUAACCCUGGGUUUUCCAUGUUGGAUUUCUUAUCUGAGAAGCCUUUUAUUAAGAGAAUGAUUUUCAAGCUGUUCAGUCAGGAGACGGUGAUGAAGUUUGUGCCACGGUAUAGCCUGGUCCUAGAAGUCAGUGACAGUGGUGCCUUCCGGAGAAGCCUGCAUGACCCUGAUGGGGUGGUGGUCACCUAUGUGAGUGAAGCCCAUGAGCACGAUGGACAUCUCUACUUGGGUUCCUUCAGGUCUCCCUUCAUCUGCAGACUCAGCCUCCAGGCUAUUUAGCCAGCCCAGCAGCUGUUCCCACUGUGCAUGCCAGGAAUCAUCACACUCAGCCACCAUAGGUCCGGAGGGAGCCAUGGACAUAGCUUUAUCCCUGUGCUCCUGAUAGCCCUUGGAAGUGCGGGAGUAGCUGCUGUAACCUGGAGAAGGUGUGGGUCUUCAAGAGGUGCCCCUCACCUGGACUUGAUGUCACUUUUAGAGGGAAACAGUGUAUCUGCUGUGGGGAAGACAGCUCACAGAAAGCCAUUUCUCUUCAAAAAUAUGCUAAGUACACAAAUUCUGUAGGACUUGGAAGAUUUCAUAUACUUGUCAAAGGGCUCAGGGUUUGGUGAUUAGAGUAGGGGAUUAGCUAUGCAGGGACCUUUCUGUCAUGAGUAGCUCUGUCUGCCAUGUUCAGUGUCUUCAUUCUAAAGUGGGGUCUUACCUUUGGGGAUGGCAUGCAAGUGCCAGUGCAGGUGUGAUGAGGUUGCUGGCUGGGAUCAUGCAAGCUGAAACUUUGUUCUCAGGGGCCACGUGAGAUGUGUGAGAAUACGUGGACUCUUCCUCCACAGUAAAGGGGUGCCCUACCACCAUCUCCAUGCUGUGGCCUGGCCUCUUUUCGUGCCAGAGGGUUUUCAGAAUUCCUAUUUCAGUGGCUAAGAGGGUUGCAUUGGGCUUCUUUCUGUGACUACCUCCUCCACUGGAGUUGGGUGACCCAGCCAGUCUGUACCUGCACAGGGUGCUUCAGAAAUGUCCUUUUUAUGGCUUGACUCCUUAUCUUAGACCCACAAAAAUGUGAGUAGUGACCUGUUGAUGUAAUGUUUGUGCAAUGUAAUAAGCUUGGAGUUGCUUAUUUCUUGGCAAAUAUGUUUAUACACUGGUCUUAAUUUUGAUAAUAAAUAAUAUAAAAUAAACGUUUCUGCUGGCUACUC